AUGUACAGCAAACUGCAAGUGAGAAACACUAGAAUCGUAAGAUCACCACCACCACAGACACAAGAGGAGUUUCUACAGUAUGCAUCAAAACUCACUUUUAAUACCAACUCAGCACAUGAAAGUCUAAUCUUGAGGAAUGAGAACAAGGAGGUGAAGGCCUCGCACCUACUUCAGGACUAUGCUGAACACACUCAGAGAUUUAACUGCAGGGCACAGAUCCUGUGCAACAAAGGUCUGAGAGGGUCCCCUAAAUAUUGGGAAGUAGAGAUUGGCGGGGGCACUUGGGUCUGCAUUGCUGUGUCUUACCAAGGGAUCCGUAGAAAAGGCAAGCAGCGUACACUCUUUGGGAGAAAUGCCCAGUCAUGGGGACUACGCUGUAAACGUGUCCAUAUAGAAUUUUGGCAUGACAAUAAGAUAACAUUUUCGAAGUUUCAAUCAUAUGGCUCCAAAAUAGGAGUGUAUUUGGAUUACAGGGCUGGAAUCUUGGCAUUUUACAAUGUGUCUGACAACAUGAGUCUCAUUUAUAAGCACCAAACUGUUUUUAAAGAGCCUGUUUAUCCUGGAUUCGGACUGGCUGGGAAUGGUUCCUAUGUGAGACUUUGCGAUCCAGUGAAAAAUGAGACCAAAACAUCCCUUUCUUCUCCAUUAAUGUUUGGUAGUUUGUAAGUUGUUGUGUUUACACAUGCAGCUAUCAUGAAAUGCAUGUUAUUCUCAAACUAAUAUGCAAUCAUUCAUUAGGAUUUGGAGGAAGGAUGUGUUUUUUUGCAUGCAGACACCUGGUGGCAGCACUAGAUACGUUUUGAAUUCAGCCUUUUUAUAUCAGCAUCUGUAAUUAUGAACAGCUCAAGUUUAGCCAAGAAUAACCAAAGAGGAAAAAAAAUCCAUGUUUUGUAUUAUAUGAAUCAUUGCAUGUUUAUUGAAUGUUUGAUUUUAUAUACUGUUUUAUAAACUAUAGUAAUAUGCAUAAUCUCUAUUUUUAACAUCUUCUGAAUAUUUAUGAAAUUACUGCACAUCUCCUUAUGCUAAUGUUGCAAGUGCUUAUCCAUUUCACAUCUGCUGAUCUGAAUGGAAAUCUGUCGUCCUAUCUAAUCCUUCCGCCACAUCCACAUACUAUGUCUGUUCCUGUUCCCACUAUCUGUCUAUAUUUUAUUUCUCCGUUAUGCAUUAGUCCGUCUCUCCUGUCAUGCUCCCUUCAGGCUGCACUCUUCUACUAUUCCAACAGUUAUACCUACAUGGUCUCUUUUUCUCCCUUAAACCACACAAAUGCACAUACUAACACACACGCACAUCAUCUCAUUCAGCAGAUAUAUACCGAGGCCCAGAGGGUUGGUACAAGGGACAACACCAAAGCCAGUCGCCUCCUGCCCUUCCCCCUGCUACUCACCCUUCCAAACACAAAAUCCGCCUAGGGGUAAGUGUAGGGCAGACACGGUUUCAACAGAGCAAGCAAUGCCAGAGCAACAGAGAAGCGCAGGAAAUGUGUGUAGAGGGAAGGAUAGGCACUAAUAGCGAACAUCAUAGAGAGAGAAAGUGUGCCAUGGUCCUCAGGGAGCUCCUUUACAGUUCUGUCCAAUCACAGACAUCAUUUUCUUCCUGUAUUAUCCUUUUAUGAGUGACGGGGAUUUUAAAAUACUCUAUUAUGAAAGAAACCAUUUCUCUCACUGCCAAGGACACUGACACUAGUCUCUAUAAAUACCCGUUUUUAAACACUGAGUCACCGUAUAGACUCGAAACGCUAGGCACAAACACCUCCUAGCAAUUACCCAGUAGGCAGAUGCUGAGGUCUGUCACUCUUACUGCUAACAAGGUGCAUGACUCUCUUGAUGCUGCUGGAGUAAGUUGUUGUAUAAUACACAGUUUUCUCUCUCACACUGAUGUAUUUCCUGUUGAAUAAAGAGGUUUGCCUG